UAAUAAAUCCAAAACUUCAACACUACAUCAACUCAAAACAUGUUUCGGUUUUAUGGCUUUCUCAACAAGAUCAUAUUUUUCGCCUUCAGCUUUAUUAGAGACGUUCCCUCGCUGGAUUAAUAAUGGUCGCCAACAAGAUUGCCAUGAAUUUUUGAAGCAAGAAGAGUCUAAUCAGUCUGUAUCUAACAAAAGACCGCGACUUGACAUGGAAAAUCAAUCUGCACCUCGAAUUAAUUAUAAUGAAAUGCCUAUUUCUGCAUUCUGUGGUACAUUGGAAAAUACAAUAAAAUGUUUAUCAUGUGGUAAUAAAUCAAGAACAAAGGAAGAUUUUCAUGAUCUUACAUUGUCACUCAAAGCUGAAAAUGAAGUCGAUAAACUUUCACUUGAUGACAUGUUAUUUGAGUUUUUUACUCCAGAAGAGUUAAAUGAAGAUAAUCAAUAUUUUUGUGACAAAUGCAACGGGUUACAAGAUGCAGUUAAGACAACGCAAAUAAUUGUCCCUCCGCGUUAUUUGAUCUUAUCGCUUAAUCGAUUUGAAUAUGACAAGAGAUAUGCAAGAAGAAUAAAAAUCAUGACUCCUAUAGUGGUCUGCGUCAAUAAGGUUACGCCUCAAGAUACUCUUUCUUUAACGUAUGUUCCAGACACGCUUGAACGUAGUUCAAAAAAUGAGUCAAAUUACACUAAUGCCGAAAUACAUCAAAUGAACGGAACAGCUGAUUUAAAAACAAAUGGCAAUGGUAGUAUUUGCUAUGAUACAGAUAGUGACAUGGAUAGUGAAAUGAACAGUGAUUCGAAUAUCGUAUACAAUAGCGACUUCGAAGAGAUUAUUGGAGACAAAGUGGAAUAUGAUUUGUCUGCAUUUGUUGUACAUUCUGGGACAUCUGCUGAAUAUGGACAUUACUAUACUUACGCAAAAGAUGAAGAGGACGGUAAUUGGUAUCAUUUAAACGAUAACUUUGUGAUAACUUCUACAUGGUCGAAAAUCAAAGAUGAGGGUGAAGAUUACAAAUCUGAUACUCCAUAUCUUUUUUUCUUUCGGCAGAAAAAUUUGAACAAUGAUGAUUUAGGCGAGAUUCCUCAAUCACUAGUUCAAGCGGUCCGGAAAAGUGAUAAUCAGGGCUAUUCUGAUAGUGGUUUUUCAUUUUAUGAUUCGGAAAACAAAGAAAAUGAAGAUGAUAGUGAAUUGAAAGAUAAAACUGCAAUAGAUUUUAAUAGAUUUGUGUCAUAA